GUUUAUAAGAGUAGCGUUUGGCGAGGGAAGUGCCACCGUGUCCAAAGUGAGCAUACGUUACUUGAGUCUGUAGACGUCUUGUUUACAGUGGUUGUGCCAGGCCUGUGGAGUCCUGUGGCCAGCAACGUGUUACGGUUUUAUUGCUCACGUUUAUUCUUUCGUUACAAGGGUCAUUGUAUGAAACCUCCAAUCUGGAUCGAGGCGGUAGCAACAGGAAGAAGAAGAUAGAGGAAUUCUCUAGGUCUUCUCGGGAGAAACUAGUCCAAUCGAAGAACAAAAUGUUCUCCAAAUUUACGUCCAUUCUCCAGCACGCUGUGGAAGCGCUUGCCCCGUCGCUGCCCUUGCAGGAGGACUUUGUCUAUCACUGGAAGGCCAUUACACAUUAUUACAUUGAGACUUCUGAUGACAAAGCUCCAGUCACAGACACCAACAUCCCAUCCCACCUGGAACAGAUGCUGGACAUCCUGACCCAGGAGGAAGGGGAAAGGGAGUCUGGAGAGACUGGACCCUGCAUGGAGUAUCUCCUACACCAUAAGAUCCUGGAGACUCUCUACACCUUGGGCAAGGCAGAUUGUCCUCCAGGGAUGAAGCAGCAGGUGCUUACCUUCUACACAAAGCUGCUAGCGCACAUACGUCAGCCUCUCUUGCCACACAUCAAUGUCCACAGACCUGUACAGAAACUGGUCCGUCUGUGUGGGGAGGUGCUGGCUGCUCCUACAGAAAAUGAAGAGAUUCAGUUCCUAUGUAUAGUCUGUGCCAAACUGAAGCAGGACCCGUACCUAGUCAACUUCUUUCUUGAGAACAAGUCAAAGAGACCUGAGACAAAGAGUUCUGAAAGAGCAGAGCAGGUAAAGGAGAAUGUUUUGGCUCCAGACACUGGUCAGUCUCUGGCAGAGGAACAGGCUGACUGCCCAGAGGAGCCACAGGCUGCUGCUGCUGCCUCCACAUCUAGUCCAACCAACAACAACAAUAACAGCAGCAAUUAUAAUCUUGUCACCUCCCUGCUCAACCUCACAAAGAGCCCGGAUGGCAGAAUAGUGGUGAAGGCGUGUGAGGGCCUGAUGCUGCUGGUCAGUUUACCAGAGCCUGCUGCUGCCAAGUGUUUGACUGAAAACACUGAGCUCUGUGAGCUUCUGACCGACAGGCUGGUCUCCUUCUAUAAAGCCCUACCACAGUCCAUGGACCCCUUGGACAUUGAGACAGUGGAGUCGGUCAACUGGGGUCUGGAUGUAUAUAACCUGAAGGAGGAUGCUGCAGUCUUCACAGGGAAGAGGGCUCUCAUCUCCUUUCUGUCCUGGCUAGAUUACUGUGACCAGCUCAUCAAGGAGGCUCACAAGUCAGCAGCUGCAGUGAUGGCAAGAGCAGUGAGAGAAAGAUUCUUUGUGUCUGUGAUGGAACCACAGCUUAUGCAGACGUCUGAGGUGGGCAUCCUUACCUCCACAGCCCUGCUGAAUAGGAUCAUCAGGCAGGUGACAUCAGAGGCUCUGCUGCAGGAGAUGGUUUACUUCCUGCUGGGGGAGGAGAGAGAGCCAGAGACUCCAGCUACUGUCGCUCAGAAUCCACUCAGACACAGACUCAUCGAGCACUGUGACCACCUGUCAGACGAGAUCAGCAUCAUGACGCUGCGCCUAUUUGAGCAGCUGAUCCAGAAGCCCAACCAGCACAUCCUCCACAGCUUGGUGCUGCGUAGCCUGGAGGAGAGGAACUACCUGGAGAACAAACCUCAGGAGGAGCGGGAGCCCCUGGAGAAUGGCCAGCCCCAUGAUGCCGUAGACCUUGAGGAGGAUCCACUGUUCGGUGACGACCUCUCUCCAAACAGCAGGCUGUCUGGUUCUGAUUGGCUCAGCUCCUCUCCACCACAGAGUCCCGACCACUCAAAGUGUGAUGGGAAGACAGAGGUCCACAAAAUUGUCAACAGUUUCCUGUGUUUGGUGCCUGAUGAGGCCAAGUCAUCGUAUCACGUUGAAGGCACGGGCUAUGACACCUACCUCAGAGAUGCACACAGACAGUUCAGGGAUUAUUGUGGGGUCUGUCAGCGGUGGGACUGGAGGGGAAAUCCAAAGCCUUUUGAGAAGUGUAACUUGGACAUCCCGUUCUUUGAAGGCCACUUCCUCAAGGUCCUCUUCGACAGGAUGGGCCGCAUCCUAGAUCAGCCCUACGACGUUAACCUGCAGGUGACCGCUGUGCUGUCCAAGCUGUCUUUGUUACCACACCCCCACCUGCACGAAUACCUGCUGGACCCCUAUAUCAGCCUGGCCCCUGGCUGCAGGUCUCUGUUCUCUGUCAUCGUCAGGGUGGUAGGAGAUCUCAUGUUGAGGAUUCAUCGCAUCCCAGACUUCACACCCAAACUGCUGCUCGUGAGGAAGAGAUUAUUAGGUCUGGAGCCAGAGGGCAUCAAUAUCGACCACAUGACUCUGCUGGAGGGGGUGAUCGUGCUAGAGGAGUUCUGCAAAGAGUUGGCAGCCAUCGCCUUCGUCAAAUACCACGCAGCUGCCUCCUCCUCACCGUAACCUUUCCUGCUGUUCAUCCAUCUGCCUCAGCCAGGGAGGCAGGUCAGAAUAAACUGGACCUUUGGGGUGUGGUGGUACUGGUGGCACAGGGUCGGCAAAACAUUACCACUAACCGCUCAUCCCUGCAAGACUGUUAAAGCCCACACAGACAGGUUUCAUUACCCCCCACUUCCUCUGGCCUCUCGGGUUCCACCAUAAAAAGUCUUUGGUCUUGUUUUUGAGCAGGUCAGAGCGCAGACACUGCCCAGCCAGCAGGAGAAUAAUAAGAGGAGGAGGAUAGAGGCUGAGGUGCAGAGAGAUGUUCACUGGACUCUUUACAACCUCUGCAUUUUCUCUCACUGCCCCCCACCCCAUCUCUCUCUCUCACCAGCCAAAAGAUGAUAGCCCUGUAAUUAUUCUGUCAAGGGGAAAAGAUGUUUGUAUUUAUUUUCUGUCCCAUCAUCGCCCAUUUGUAAAUGUCAUUGCCUUAGUGUGGUAUCACACCUUUCAGUUACAGAAAAUUGUUUCCUUUUGAAACAUUUUAAUCUUACCCCUCACAUGUUGUCUGUUUGAAGACAAGAGGCUGCAGAGAAAAAUGUCCACUACCUUCACCUUAUAUGUACCUGUAGUUACAGAAAUACUGAGCUGCAGUAUUUACAAUACUGCACUCAUAUUUUAAAUGCCAAGUCCUUUUAUUUAUUUGUUUGCUUUCAGGUUGCCUUUUUAACUAAUGUCAUAUUAAGAUAAAAUGAAUUUAAAACAGUCAAAAUCAUGACUGGCUAAGCAGAUGCUAUUUACUUUGUCGUUUUUCUUGUCUUUCCUCAGUUUGUCUUUAAGUGCUUGUGCUGUCAAAGCUCAUCUGUAAUCACCGUCACCCAAAGACAUCACCAUCCAUCACAUUCUGUUGAAAUGGUGAAUUUAGCAAGUUAUGUGAAUUUGCACAUGAACCUCAUUACAUUGCACUUACAUUCAAAUUAAUUAAUGCUUUUUUUGGUUGGUUUUUAGGAAAUGUCAAGUUGGCAUUUGUUGAGAGAAACAUCUCGUUUUUGAUUCUACAUUAGUUUUUGUUCUGAAUUUGUUCUCCAGACUCAGUGUUGCGUUUCUCUCACACCAGUGUUUGUUUUAAGCAAGAAAUCUUUGGUAUUAUUGUUUGUUACACCCUUGUAAUUCUCAGUUAUUAUAGACAUUGGGAAGGCGCAGAGGAACAAACCUCUUAAUUUUAUUGACCAGUGUCUUAAAUUCCUCGUUAACUUAGGACAAACUGUAACUUACAGCUGUGGUUCCUCAGUCUAAUUGAUGUAUUUAUUUCAAAUUAUUCAGUAAUUCAUGAGAAAAAAAAACAAAGAUUAGAAGAAAAAGUCUGAAAAAUGAAUAUGUUUGCAGUUUGGGAACCACCGGCAAAGAGCUUUAGGUUUCUCCAUAGGUUAUCAUCACUUCCUGUGAGGUGCGUUUACUGGCAGUAUUACUUUUCAUACUGAUUUUGAAUGACGGUGCUGUGUGCUGCUGGAGCAGGUUGUUUGGUUUUACGUUGCCUGGAUAUUUCUGGAGGGUGUGUUGAUAACUUUAAGUCCAAGUCUCACCUCAUGAGUCAGCGAUUCAUUAGAUAAGGUCUAAAUUAAGAUGCUACUUAAUGUAACUUUGGUUCUUGUCUAAUGUUCCCAGUGUGAAUGUUUCCAUGGUUGGUAGGUAGGUGUGUUUGGCGAUGAGCUUGGUUAUGUGUGUGUGUGACUUAUUAUUGCUGUGGAUUGGGCAGAGUCAUUUGUUGAAGCCAUGAGUCCCUGUCUUGAGCCUUGUUUUUCCCCCCUCUCUCAUCUGGUCCCACCUCAGACCCGUCACUUCACUCGAGCACCUAAGCUACAUUAUGCAACAACUUGCAUGGAAUCAGAUUUGCACAUUGUCUUUUCUUCUUGUUCAUAAUGUAAAUAUACACAAAAAAGCUUUUUUUUCCUCCAAAUGUUUUGUUUCAUAAACCAAAAAAUUUCGGCUGUACCAGGAGUAACAUUUCUAUUUUAAUGGGAAACUUUUUUUAAAUUGUCAAUCAUGCACAUUUUUUAAUCAACUAUCUUUCCAACUUUCUCUGUACAGUUGUAUAUUGUAUGUGUACAGUAGCAAUAGAGAUAUACUACCUGGUGUAAAUGCAUGCUUAUACAUUAUUUUCAUUGUAGAAAGAAAGGAAAGAGGCAGUUCAGCCGUUUGUGAUGAUUUCUUAGCCGUCAGCACUUUGCUCUGACAGGGAGAUAUGAUGCCUUACUUCACACUGUGGAAUCGAUGUGUAAGGGGUUUCUGCUUCACUACAGUUUGUUGUGAUCUUAUUAUGCUUCUAUCUCUUGUGUUACAUAGACUAUUUGGGUUGUGAAGAUGUACAGGACUCUCAGUAUAGUCAAAAAUCUGAUGCCAACUGAUUUCUUUUCUUGUGUCAGCUUAGACCAAUCACUGUAUCACGUGGCUGGCAUUUCAUCGUGUUCGUCGCUGCUUUCCUCUGGUGUGAAAUGGGAUGAGUGUCAUUAUACUCCCUCUGUCUCAUGGCCAGUUUGAUUAUGUGAUUGUGCAAUGCAUAACUGAAAGAUUAAGGUGCAUGCUCACUCCUCCUGCUUCACAGAAUAAUCAGAAGCGAUUACUGUUGUUCAUUUAUUCCUCAUCAGCCGUCUUCAUUUCAUCACUGCUGUUAUACACAUGUAUUAGAUUUCAUUCAGGACAACAUGGUUUUGUUUAACAUUCUCCGUCCCAAUUAAAAAAAAGGUUCUUCAACAGGAGAUGUGGUCAUCCUUUGAACAGA